AUGCCCUUCGUAACGGAGACCGUCGGCGGCGGCUGGCAUACCUACGACAUCUUCUCCCGCCUCCUCAAAGAACGCAUCAUCUGCCUCAACGGCGAAGUCGAAGAAACCUCCUCCGCCUCCAUCGUCGCCCAGCUCCUCUUCCUCGAAGCCGAGAACCCCUCCAAACCCAUCUCCCUCUACAUCAACUCCCCGGGCGGCUCCGUGACCGCGGGCCUCGCCAUCUACGACACGAUGCAAUACAUCCAAUCGCCCGUCUCGACGAUUUGCUUGGGGCAGGCUGCUUCGAUGGGCAGUUUGUUGCUUUGUGGCGGUGCGAAGGGGAAGAGGUAUUGUCUCCCGCAUAGUCGGAUUAUGGUGCAUCAGGUCAGUGGUGGGUAUCAUGGGCAGGCGAGCGAUAUUGCGAUUCAUGCCAAGGAGAUUUUGAGGAUACGGGAGAGUUUGAAUAAGAUUUAUCAGAGGCAUUUGACCAAGGAGAGGAGCUUGGAGGAGAUUGCUUCGGUGAUGGAGAGGGAUUUCUUCAUGAGUGCGGAGGAGGCGAGGGAGUGGGGGAUUGUCGAUGAGGUGUUGGAUCGGAGGUCGAAGGAAGGUGAUGAGGCUGGGGAGCAGAGAUGA